CCGCGGCUGCCCCCGGCCCCGCCGCCCCCCAGACCCCCGGGACCCGCUCGCAUCGGCUACUACGAGAUCGAGCGCACCAUCGGCAAGGGCAACUUCGCCGUCGUGAAGCUGGCCACGCACCUGGUGACCCGGGCCAAGGUUGCUAUAAAGAUAAUUGAUAAGACACAGCUGGAUGAAGAGAAUCUGAAGAAGAUAUUUAGAGAAGUUCAGAUCAUGAAGAUGCUCUGCCAUCCACAUAUCAUCAGGUUAUAUCAGGUUAUGGAGACAGAGAGGAUGAUUUAUCUAGUGACAGAGUAUGCUAGCGGAGGGGAAAUAUUUGAUCACCUGGUGGCCCACGGGCGCAUGGCGGAGAAGGAAGCUCGGAGAAAGUUCAAGCAAAUCGUGGCUGCUGUCAACUUCUGUCACUGCCGUAACAUAGUCCACAGAGAUCUCAAAGCAGAAAAUCUUCUUCUGGAUGCUAACCUUAACAUCAAAAUAGCAGACUUUGGGUUCAGUAACAUCUUCACACCCGGCCAGCUGCUAAAAACGUGGUGUGGGAGUCCUCCCUAUGCUGCCCCGGAGCUCUUCGAGGGGAAGGAAUACGAUGGGCCCAAGGUUGACAUUUGGAGUCUCGGCGUGGUGCUGUACGUGUUGGUCUGUGGUGCUCUGCCCUUUGAUGGGAGCACGCUGCAGAAUCUGCGUGCCAGGGUGCUCAGCGGGAAGUUUCGCAUUCCGUUCUUCAUGUCCACAGAAUGUGAACAUCUGAUCCGCCACAUGCUGGUCUUGGACCCGAGUAAGCGGCUCUCGAUGGACCAGAUCUGCAAGCACAAGUGGAUGAAGCUUGGGGAAGCCGAUGCAGAGUUUGAUAGGCUGAUAGCAGAGUGUCAGCACCUGAAGACAGAGAGGCAGAUGGAGCCACUGAACGAGGAUGUGUUGUUAGCAAUGGCAGAAAUGGGGCUGGACAAGGAACGCACAAUUCAGUCAUUAAGAGCUGAUGCUUAUGAUCACUACAGUGCAAUCUACAGCUUGCUCUGUGACCGUCUGAAGAGGCACAAGAAUCUGCGCAUUGCCCCGUCUCCAAGCAUACCACGGACAGUCACCUUCCCCACCUCUGCUAACAUCCAGACAGAACAGGCAGGCAAUACCAUGAACAUCAACGUGCCACAAGUCCAGCUCAUCAACCCUGAAAACCAAAUUGUGGAGACUGACGGAACGAUGAACUUGGACAGCGAUGAAGGGGAAGAACCCUCACCUGAGGCUCUGGUCCGUUACCUCUCAAUGCGAAGGCACACGGUCGGAGUUGCUGACCCACGGACGGAGGUCAUGGAAGAUCUGCAGAAGCUCCUGCCUGGCUUCCCUCGUGUCACUCCUCAGGCUCCAUUCCUGCAGGUGACCCCAAAUGUGAACUUCAUGCACAAUGUGCUGCCUAGGCAGAACCUGCAGCCCACGGGUCAGCUGGAGUACAAGGAGCAGUCCCUGCUGCAGCCCCCCACUCUGCAGCUGUUGAAUGGCAUGGGCCCUCUGGGGCGGAGAGCAUCCGACGGUGGAGCUAACAUCCAGUUGCAUGCACAGCAACUGCUGAAACGGCCUCGAGGUCCAUCUCCACUCGUCACUAUGACUCCAGCCGUCCCAGCUGUCACUCCUGUGGACGAGGAGAGCUCUGAUGGGGAGCCAGAUCAGGAAGCUGUGCAGAGAUACUUGGCAAAUAGGUCAAAAAGGCACACUCUGGCAAUGACCAACCCUACAGCUGAAAUCCCUCCAGACUUGCAGAGGCAGCUAGGACAGCAGUCCUUCCGACCCCGGGCUUGGGCUCCACACCUGGUACCCGAUCAGCACCGUUCUAUUUACAAGGACUCCAAUACUCUGCACCUCCCCACCGAACGCUUCUCCCCGGUUCGGCGUUUCUCUGACGGUGCUGCCAGCAUCCAGGCUUUCAAAGCCCACCUGGAGAAGAUGGGCAAUAACAGUAGCAUCAAACAGCUUCAGCAGGAAUGUGAACAGCUUCAGAAGAUGUAUGGUGGGCACAUGGAUGAGAGGACACUGGAGAAGACACAGCAGCAACACAUGCUGUACCAGCAAGAGCAGCACCAUCAGAUUCUUCAUCAGCAGAUCCAGGACUGUAUCCGGCCACCUCAGCCUUCUCCACCCUUGCAAGCUCAAUGUGAAAACCAGCCAGCUCUGCUCACUCACCAGCUUCAGAGGUUACGGAUUCAGCCAUCCAGCCCGCCCCCAAAUCACCCCAAUAACCACCUCUUCAGGCAACCAAACAGCAGCCCACCUCCUGUGAGCAGCAGCGUGCUGCAGCCCCACGGUGCAGCCUCCCAGUCCCAGUUCCAAGGGAUGCCUUCCCACAACACGAUCUUCCCACAGUCUGGUAACUGUUCCCCUCCCCCAACCAUGGGGCUGACGUGUCUGGCCCUGCAGCAGCAGUCCCAGGCCCAGCAGGUCACCAUCCAAGUGCAGGAACCCGGCGACAUGGUCAGCAACAACCUCCUGCAAGGGGCCUCUGUGGCCGGGCAGGGCACCCACACACGGGGUAUGUCCAUCAGCCCCAGUGCCAACCAGAUCCAGAUGCAGCACCGCGCCAACCUGAUGGCCUCCCUCACCUAUGGCCACAGGCAGCUGUCCAAGCAGCUCAGCGCCGACAGCGCCGAGUCGCACAGUCUGAACGUGUACAGGAAUCCCCCCGCCAACUACGACCAGGUGCACUUACACCCCCACCUGUUCCCAGAGCAGCCUCGUGUUUCCCCCAGUAACUACAGCCCAUCAGGAGGAGUUGGGUUUCCUCCAGCUCAGCAAGCUCUCAAAGUCCCACAGCUUGACCAGUAUCCCAAUUUCCCUCAAAAUGCACAUCAGCAACAACAGCACUACACUGCAUCGGCACUACAGCAAGCACUGUUGUCCCCAACACCUCCUGACUACAGCCGACACCAGCAGGUACCACACAUCCUCCAGGGACUCCUUUCUCCCCGUCACUCUCUCACGGGGCACACGGACAUGCGGCUGCCCCAGGCAGAAUUUGCACAGCUCAUCAAACGACGGCAGCAGCAGCAACAGCAGCAGCAGCAAGAGUUUCAAGAGUUGUUCAGGCACAUGAGUCAAGGGGAUGCUGGAAACAUGGGCACCAGCAUGGGACAGAGCCUGUCGGAGCGUCAGUCGUUGUCUUUGCCUUAUCAGAGUGCUGACACCUAUCAUCCACAGAGCAGCCCCCAGCAUCUCCUAAAAAUCAGGGCUCAAGAAUGUAUCCAGCAGGUACCUGCAUCAGUGCCACCGCAUGGAUACGUACACCAGCCAGCUCUGUUCCACUCGGAGAGCAUGGAGGAGGACUGUGCGUGCGAGGGCGCCAGGGACAGCUUUCCAGACAGUAAGAAUUCAAAUACGUUGACCAAAGGUUGCCACGAGACCCCUCUGCUUGUAAAUGCAGGAGGGCACGGGGACCCAGAAUCUUUGCUAGGAACUGCUAAUCACGUUCAGGAGCUGGGGACGCAUCAAUACAGGCAUCAGCCCGCUGCUGGAUUCAGUAGGAAUAAGGUGCCCAGCAGAGAGUCCGUCGUAGGGAACUGUAUGGACAGGAGCUCCCCGGGCCAAGCCAUGCAGGUGCCUGACCACAACGGGCUGGGAUACCCAGCACGGCCGGCCUCCAGUGAGCACCCGCGGCCCCGCACCCUGCAGAGACAUCACACCAUCCAGAACAGUGAUGAUGCCUACGUGCAGUUAGAUAACCUGCCUGGGAUGAGUUUAAUGGCAGGAAAAGCGCUCAGCUCUGCUCGGAUGUCUGAUGCCGUCCUCAGCCAGUCGUCGCUCAUGGCCAGCCAGCAGCUGCGUGACAGGGAGAGUGAGGAAUGUGGGGAAAGUUUGGAAGCUCAAGAGCAUCCCAACCUAGGUGAUGGCAACCAGCAUCUAAACACCUCUUGUUACCCAUCGACGUGUAUCACAGAUGUCCUACUGAGCUACAAGCACCCAGAGGUGCCCUUUGGGAUGGAGCAGGCAGGGGUGUAAGCAGGAGGGAGUUUUAUGUACAGCUUUGAAAUGAAAAGGUCCAUUUUAAACCAACAGUAUCUAGCAGCAUUGCGCCAAAUUGCCGUAGUAUUUCUGACUAACUGGAAUACCAUGGCCCCCUUUCCUCAUAAUCACUUCAUCCAGUGUGCUGUUCCUUCAGUUUCUUUAAUUUUUAUUUUUUUUUUCCAAUUUUUUUGUUGGCCACAUUUGCCUGUAACUCCAGCUAUCACUGAAAUCACCGGAGAACCCAACCCUACGCGUCAGCGGAGCCCGAGCACCGAGUCUGGUUUGGAGGGCUGGUUUGUGAGCAUGCGGGGCCGGCGGUGGGAGCAGAGCCCAUGGAGCCCCCAGGGCAGGCAGGAGCCACAGUGCAUCCCUGCCCUGCACUGCAACCCUGCCCUGCAGUGCUGCUCCUUGGCCCUGAGCAGGGCAGCAGGGCGCUCUGCCCGUCCCCGCAGGUGGGAGCUGUGCUGUCCUGCCUCAUCUCUGCUUCUGCUCCUUCCUUCAUCACCGUGCUGAAAGGAUCACUUCUUCCCCUGCCCUCCCCCACCCCCUUUGUAAUUUUUGCAUUUCUGAUCCCCAUGCAAUUAUUUUUUCCCUUUUAAUUUCUUCCUCCUGGCUUAAUGUAGGGAAGACAGAUUUUUUUUUUUCCUUUGUUUUCUGAGCUUUUCCUCCUGAUCAUCUAGGAUUUUUUUUUUUUUGGUAAAUGUUGUUUUAUUAUUAUUGUUAUUAAUAAAACGCAAAAGGAAUUUCUGUUUGAGAGAAAUUUUUAACUAGAUUCUGUUCUAUAUGAAUUGUGACAUGCACCUUUUGUUCAAAGUAUUUUAUUUCUUUUAAUGACUUUGUAAUUGUGACUGGUUUUCUCUCUCGUGCCUGUGGCAGAAGUGGUUUUCUCCUUUAUGCAGCUCAAACGUGCAUAGAUCUCUUCUUUGUUCUUCUUGUUGUUCUUUCCUUGGCUGAGAGAAAGCAAAGCACCCCAGCAUCCAGGCCUUGGGGAGCGCGUGGCGUCACCAUUGCCUUUGGGACGUUGAAGCUACACCUGAAAUCCUUCUUUAAUGACACUUUUGGAGUAUUUAAAAAAUAGAUAUAUAUAAUAAUAAAAGAACCGACCCAGCCCUCCCGAAUUUGCACAGAAGGAAGUGUGAAACCAGCAUGGCAGAGGUUAAUUCGCUAUGGCUACCAACGCCUGCCCCCAGCCCCGGGAAAAGGAUGCUGAAUGGAUUCGCGGGCUGGAAAGCUGGAGAGGAGGAAGAGCCCCCAGCUGGCAGCCGCAGCUCCUGGGGGGGGAGGAGGCGCCGAAAGCCUUUUGCUCUGCGCCUUUGGUUCGUUUUCCUUUUGUUUACACGACACUGUAUUCCUGGGAGAGUCGGCCGCCCUCAGUCAGCACCCAGCACAGCAGGGACUCGCUUGUAACCGUGCCAUUUCGGUGCCAUUUCGCAGUAUCACACUUUUCGGUUUGGUUCCGUUUUGGUUUUGUUUUGUUUUUUUUUUUUAUCAUGGCUUUGUAUUGUAGUAAUCAAUACGCAGUAUAUGUUGAAUGUAUAUUAAUAUACUUUGCUAUUAUUUCUGUUUUUUGGAAAUGUCAGAAGUAUUUUUUUUUUUUUCUUCCUCGUUUAUGUUGGACUAAAAAAAAAAAAAAAGAAAAAAAAGAAAAAAAAAAGGAGAAAAGAAAAAAAAAACACAAGGAAAUUUCAGUCGAUCUUUGGUCCAUUUUUUUGUCGGUGUUUUUUUUUUUUUUUUUUUUUUUUUGUGGGUCACUUGCAACUCGUCAAUUAUUCGGACAGCGGGAUCAUGACAAAUAAAACCAUGAUGAUGAUCUUC